AUGACACUUAAAUCAAAAACAAUACAUUGUUCAAUACCAGUAUUUUUGGUAGUUCUAGGAAUAAGUGCUUUUGGUGUAUUAGCUACAUUGGGAAUUAUUUAUGUUACUAAUUAUGGAAUAUCUAAUCCAACUGCUUGGAUUUUAAUCAUACUAGGAAUAAGUGUUCUUAUUCUUUCAAUCUUUUUUUCUACACGUAUUCAAUUAAUGCAAUCACAUAGAAAUAGAAAGACAAAUGAAAGAAUCAAAAAAAGAGAGAAACAAAGAAGAAGAGAAAGAAAACGUGCUAAAAAAAUGAUUCAUGAAAAAGGAAUAUUUUAUAUCAAUAUUCCAAAUUCAUUACCAAAUACCGAAACACAAAGUUUACCUCCAAGAUAUGAAGAUGUAAUAAAAUUUACUUAA